UCCAUGGCAGGAAGUUUCUCAAAUCUUCACAUUCUGUCCCACGCAUACCGCAUGUUGCGGUAUGUAGUAAAGUAGCAACUCCCGCAGCACACUGCAGUCCCACUGUGAAGAUUGACCCGACACUUUUGUUUACAUUCGGAAAGGCCCCGCGGUCGGCCGUAAUACGACUGCCGACACACCGAUUGCAUCAUACAAUGUUUGUUCGAAAGGUGUUGAGGGCUAUAAACAGGUUGUCGAAUUAUAAUUUCGAGAGCAGAAGAAGACUACCUUCGGUGCAUUCGCUGCUAAGAGACGAAUUAUUGGGAGGGAAAUGGAGAAUACCCUCGAGAAUACGGUCUUUCCUUGCUGUCACAUGGCAGGGAAACGCCAACACUUGCUUCAUCCUGGACGCGUUACCUAAGGUGCCUCACUUUGAUUAUGCGUAUACUCGGCACAGUUAUAUUGGUGCAGCUGAGGAAGGACACCGUGGAGAGAAGGAUGACGGGGGGACCACUGGGCAGGGGUGGCGAGGCCUGCCCUUCUCCUUUGCCCUGCUGGUCGCUGCCUGCUGGAACGGGACUCCUCAGCAGCUCAACGAACGUGAGUUCUUGCUGGCUGCCAUGGUGGGAAACAUUGAGAGAAUGAAGGAAUUUAUAAAAAAGGGAGUUGAUGUCAACUGUCAACAUCCAUAUGGUUGGAGAGCAAUUCAUGCUGCUGCCAUCAACAGUCGAUCACAGGCUGUCAAUUUCCUGCUGAGCCAAGGAGCAGACCCAAACCUGCCAGAUAACUUUUCAAAUAUAUUCCAGGUUGCUCGUGAGAACAGAACAUCCCCAGUGAAUGUGGAGGCCACUCGGGAAGGUGAGUUUAGUACACUGCUCAACCACAACCAGAUGUUCCGAGGGUGCACAGCCUUGCAUUAUGCUGUGCUGGCUCAUGACCAGGAAAGUGUUGGCUACCUCCUUGAGGCUGGUGCUAACCCCAUGUUGGUGAACGAGUACCACUUCAAGCCAGAAGAUUAUGCCAAGGACAUAGGCAUGAGGACAAUGAUGCAGAAAUAUUCUGAGAAGUAUCAGCAAAAGCAGCAGCAGCGAGAUAUGGAAGAGAGAAGAAAGUUCCCACUGGAACAGAGGAUCAAACAGCGCAUCAUUGGGCAGGAAGGGGCUAUAGCCACUGUGUGUGGAGCAAUUCGUCGCAAGGAGAAUGGCUGGUAUGAUGAAGAGCACCCACUUGUGUUCCUCUUUCUGGGCUCCUCUGGCAUUGGUAAGACAGAGCUGGCCAAACAGGUGGCUGAAUAUCUCCACAAAGGAAAGAGGGAUAGCUUCAUCAGGAUGGACAUGUCUGAAUACCAACAGAAGCAUGAAGUGGCCAAGUUCAUUGGGUCUCCUCCUGGCUACAUUGGACAUGAUGAUGGUGGGCAGCUAACCAAGAAGUUGAAGGCUUUCCCUAAUGCUGUAGUGCUGUUUGAUGAGGUGGAAAAGGCACACCCAGAUGUGCUCACUAUCCUUCUGCAGCUGUUUGAUGAAGGAAGGCUCACCGAUGGCAAAGGGAAAACCAUAGAGUGUAAGGAUGCCAUUUUCAUCAUGACAUCAAACCUGGCAAGUGAUGAAAUAGCAGAGUAUGGCAUGCAGCUGAGGGAAGAAGCUGAUCAGAUCAAUAAGCAACGCCUUGAGGGUGAGCCAGAUGACCUUGAGAUCACAGAGACCAUCACCAUAUCCCGGAGAUUUAAAGAGAAAAUUGUGAGGCCAAUCUUGAAGAACCACUUUCAGAGGGAUGAAUUUCUUGGGAGGAUAAAUGAGAUUGUAUACUUUGUUCCCUUUUCAAGACAAGAACUUUUGAAACUUGUGAAAGCUGAGUUGGAUAAGUGGGCUAAACAGGCAAAGGAAAAGCACAGCAUUGAGCUCAAGUGGGAUCCCAUGGUGCUUGAUGUCCUGGCUGAUGGCUACAAUGUGUAUUAUGGGGCUCGCUCCAUCAAGCAUGAGGUUGAGCGGCGUCUGGUGAACCAGCUGGCCAUGGCAUACGAGUGUGGCCACAUCACCCAGGACUGCACAGUUCUGGUAUAUACAAUCCUGCCCACAUCAGAGGAAGAGAAAGCCAAGCUGCAAGAUUCCCCAGCACCCAUCAAGAUUCGUGUUAAAAGGAAAGGAACGGAUAAGUUCACCGAUAUUGACCCAAGUGAACACUUGAAGUCACACUGAGAUUAAUUACAUGAAUUCUUUUUAUGUAGUUGCACAUUUGUGAAUUUCAUGUGUUCAGAAGGUACAUCCAGCCAGAGCAAGCACUAUGAUUAUAUAAUUAUGUUCAGAACCUGAUGGUGGAUGAAAAGGCACAAGGGUAAACAGUAAAAAAAUAUAUAAAUAAAUAAAAAAAAUAUAUAAUAAAUCACAAAUAAUUACUUUUGUAGGAAGGCAAGGUAUCAGAAACAAGAAGCAGUUAUUUCAUGCUGAAUGCUAACACUAGCCUGAUACUUGUGUUCCAGUCUAGAAAAGAGGUUGUAGCUAUAAGUGGAUAAGCUAAGCCUGCAUGAGCUGUCAAGCCCUAAUAUGAAGGACCAAGGAGCACAGAGACUGGCAGGAGAAUGUGAGUGAAGGUUAGUAUGCUGCCCCUUUUCUACCUCAACUGUGUGUCUCAGUUCCUUAUUGCCUCAUGGUUAUGGAUCUUUAUCACAGUAUAGUAUAUCAUGAUGUGUAUCCUGCUGAGGAUCAUUGAGGAUAGUCAACAAUAAAUAAAUUAACUGUAAAUAUGGCUGUGUAUGUACUUUAUUGAAUAUUCAUUUGAAGAAAAAAAAUGUAAUGGUUUAUAUAUCCAUUAGAUGAUAAUGUUUUGUGGGAUGAGACACCAAAACAAAGUCCAUACUUACAUUAUUUUAAAUAACACAAACACACACACCUCCAACUGUUAUAUAAGAGAAAGUCUUUAGAUCAGUUUAAGAUGUGUAUUUCAGCAAAAUCAUGUCUGCAGGAUUUAUGGGACAGAGUCAUGAAGCAGGCUUCACUUUUGUCAGUAGGGUUCUGCUUCAAGUAACUGAGCAAUUGAGGUCUUGUCCAGGACUCUAGGAUUCACGAGUGAGGUUCAUAGCAUAGUAAUAGAAAGUUGGGAAAGUAGUGGUGAUGGUGGUUGGGAGGGCAGUAGAGUAGAAGUUAUUGUGUAGCACUCAGUUUUUGCUCUCCAUACCUUGCACUUGUGAUGCCAGGGAGUGUGCUGAUUGCACAGCACAUGCCUUGCUGUGAGCCUACCUGAGUGGCAGUGUGUGCAGCUGUGCCACUUGGUGUCUCAUAGCUGGUGUGAGUGUUAGGACUGGAAGGUCUCAGGCCUGAGAUCAACAACAUUGAUCCCCAUACUUUCUUCUUCAUUAAAUGUUCAAAAUUUCUUUCCUAUACUUUUUCCACCACUUUGUUAUUUGCAAGAACUCCAUCUUUUUCUCUUCAUUUGCACACUCCUAUCUUUCUUUUCUUCCUAAAAUAGUUGGCAGUUCUUGUUGAAAUUUUCACCCAAUUACCUAACACUAUCCUUUUAAUUUUACCAACUCAUUCUCUUUUCCAUUCUAAGAUGUGUACUGUCAUUCUCCUUACUCUAAUUUCCUUUGAUAUAUUCUUUUGCAGUAUCUUCUCUUAUGCUCUCCUCUCUCUCUGCCUCAGCCAUCCACUAUACAUUUCCCACUUUUUCUAUAAAGCUUUCUUUAUUCAUUCUUCAUAGUCACUACACCUUUAGACACAUUACCUGUUAGCACUUGUCCUUUCUCCAACUUUCACCCUGGUUUCUUUGCUCUCGCAUAACUUCCUCCCUUAACUCCUUAGCCAUCUAUUGAAUAGCUAACACCUUACUUACCUUCCCUUUACCAUUCUCCUACCAUACUUUCUUCUAGUUCUUAUUUAAUCUUAACUAAAACAGCAGAGUGAUCUGAAUCUUUGAAUAUUAUUUUCAUUACCUUGGUAUCCAACACCCUUCUCAGUCUUAUCCACUACUAUAUAAUUAAUCAAACUUUUCUGCUUACCACCCUCAUCCCUCCUCCAUAUAUACUUGUUGAUCAACAUCUUUAAAAGUGUUUGCCAGGAACAACCUUUUUUUUCUACACAUAUGCCCACCACUUCAAUCUCAUCCACUCCAUUUGCAUGUUUUUCCAUUGCACUUGUCAACUAAUUUCUAGCCUUUCUACUCAUAUUUUCCAUAAAAGACUGUACUCCCUAUCUUCCAGGAAUACUCAUUCAUAACAUUCUAGAACUUUGUCUUUUCUCUCCUUUUUCCACUUACAUUUACUGCUGCAUUCAAUGAGAUUCACACAUAUUUCACUAUUCCUACCUUCCCUGUGCUUCUGUGGUGCAGUGAGUAGCAUGCCUGACUAUGAAUCUACAGGGAGUCAUUGCACAGUUUACCUAACUGUUCAUCUUUCCUUUGAGUUAGUUGAUAAAAGGGUAUCUGGAUAAACUUGGGAAGGUAAACUGUGGAAAUGCAGAUGUCACAGUGAUCCUGUGUUCUGGGUUAAGUGAUAUUAUCCACAGUAGGGUCAAGUGCCAGUGAGAUGGAGAGGAGCACUGAGGCCAUCCACAGCUCUGAUGUAUGACACUUCUGCCUUUUCCUUAUAUUUCCCAUUGCCUACACUAUUCUUGACUCUUUCACCUAUUUGCUUUUCUUUCCAUACCCUGGAGGACAUUACAUACAAAUGCACAUUUUUUUUUCCACUUCCUUUCAUUUCCCAUUCAUACCACACUAUAGUAUCUCCUCUUCCUAAUCCAUGCUAUGCUUCAUUUCAUCCUCCUUCAUGCAGUCCAUUACUUUACUACCUUUGAUGUGCAAUUUUUGUAUUGCUACAACAUUCAUUCUUCCUCUAGCAAAACUCUUCACUCCUUGCUUGUCUUUUGACGUCUAAUACUUUAAUUCCAUUAAUACUUAUAGGUUUAGGUAACCUGGAUAAAUUUCACUUAUCCCUCAGGAUGAAAUGGACUUCUUCUUUGCCUACAGCCUCCUUGCCCUCUCGACAAGCUGGCAGCUAGCAUAGUGUUCUUUCCAGAGGGAUGGACCAGGAGACUGUCUAUAAUACUGCUGCAAUUUUCUAAUUUGUGCCAAUAAAAACAAUAACAUUUAUCAAAAACAGUUAAAAAUAAAUAAAUAAAACAUAAAAUUCACAUUGUCGAUGGUCACAGCAAGUCUUUUGCCAUUUCAACACAGGGUGUAAUAACAAAGUGCACCUCACAAAGGUGAGGAUGUGAUGGCUUACCCUGCUAGUACGAGAAUAAUGAAGUACGAGUAGGUUUGAAAGAUGUGAGUUGGCCUCUAUUUUACCAUUGCAUUACACCAUUAAUACAUUUUAAAUAAAAACUUUUUGCUGUCGUUCAUUUGAUCUCAAUACAGAGAAAGUCCAAGACUAAUGGGAUGGCUCAGAAAAAUCUAUAAUUACAUACUGAACUGUAUUCAUAUAUAAAAAUACAAGAGAUGUGACUAUUU